AUGGCGACCAUCACCGACCCCACAAACUCUACCCGCGCCACCCCUAACAUCGCCGCUGCUGACGCCGUCUGCCACCUCGGGAGCUCCGCCUUCAUCGCCGCUCCCUCGACGCAAGUCUGGGCCGCCCUCCUCGACACCUCAACCUGGCCGUCCUGGAACACCUUUGUCCCGCGCGUCACGAUCCGCUCUCACCCCGACAGCACCGACGAUGCGCCGCUAUCCCCGGUCCUGCGGCGCGGCACCCGCAUGAUCUUCCAUGUGCGCAUGGAUCCUACUUCGCCGAAGCCUCAGGCCGCGCGUGACGUCUUCCUCACUGUUACCGAGUUCACGGCGCCGAAUCCCAGUACUCAAACGCCGGGGCGCAUUGUAUGGGUGAUUGACGGGGAUGUGGCGGGCGCGAUGCCGCAGAUGUUACUGAACGCGGAGCGGGAGCAUGAGGUGGUCGAUAUGGAGCAGGACGGGCAGGCAGGCACAAUGGUGCGCAAUUGGGAGCUGCAGGUGGGGUGGAUGGUAUAUAUGAUCAAGUGGACGAUGGGUGCGAAGCUGCAGGCGAAUUUCGAGCUGUGGGUUAGUGAUUUGAAAAAGUACGUGGAAGGCAGCACGUCUAGCUAG